GUCUGGGUCGGUCAGCUCGACUGGAGCGCCACCUCUGAGGAUGUUUCCAACUUCUUCUCCAAGUGUGGUGAAGUUAAGGACGUCAGAAUCCGCAUUGACCCUGAUACCGGCAAGAGCAGAGGUUUCUGCUAUGUAGACUUUGUUUCCAAGAAGGCCAAGGCUGCUGCCUUGAAAAUGGAUGGUAGCGAAUUCAUGGGUCGCAAUAUCCGUGUUGAUGAGGCCACCACUGCCACACCACGCAAGAACGACGAGAACUACGGUCCCAAAACCGACACCGUUUUCAUUGCCAAUCUCAGUCACGAUCUUGAUGAAGAGAGCGUUGCACUUGCUUUCUCCAAGUUCGGAACCAUUGUUGGCGAUGUCAGACUCCCCACCAACCGCGAGACCGGUCAGAUUAAGGGCAUUGGUUACGUCCAGUUCUCUACUGCCGAUGAAGCCGAAGCUGCUGUAAAGGGCAUGAACGGUAUGGCCAUCAACGGACGCCCUGUCCGUACUGACUUCAGCGGUGGAGACGACUCUGCUCGUGUCAACAGCCGUGGCGAUCGCGGUGGCCGUGGCGGCCGUGGUGGUCGUGGUGGUCGCGGUGAUUUCCGUGGUGGUCGCGGUGGCCGUGGAGAUUUCCGCGGUGGUCGUGGUGGUCGUGGUGGU